AUGAUAAUCAGGCUUUACCUGGAAGGUACCGCUGACCAAACAGAUGACUCCGAAUUGACAAGUCAAGGUACUCAGCCACCAGGGACUCAGGUUGUCCCAGAAACUCAAACUAAAGUUCCAGAAAAUGGAAAUACGAAGGAAAAUGAUGCUCCGGUAGAUAAUGCUGCCAAAACAGCUGUGCCGACAUCCAAGGUGGAUAAAGAGCCGGAAUCGGAGACACCCUGGGAGCUAGAUGAAAACGGCCUUCGCAUAUUUGGUGAAGAACCUGUAGGAAAUGAGCCUGAGUUAAUUUUGCAUUCGAGUAUAUCGAAUCGUUGGAAGAAAUAUCUCUCUGACGGCCUGAAAAAAGAGGUUAAGGAUUCAUUGUUGGAUAAAUAUCCAAGAAAAGGGAAGUUAUCGUUUGAGCCACCGAUUUUGAAUGAAGAAGUGACUGUGAAUCUGAAAGACUCGGCCUUGAAGAGAGACAAAUAUUUCUGUUUAACUCAAAAGCUAGCAGGUUCAGCUCUAUCAGCUUUAGCACCUGUCAUUGAAUCCCUGGUGCCAUCUAAGGAACCAGAAAAUGUUGGAAGACUGGAAAAAGUUUGGGAUGCAGCGAAGUUACUGAUCGAGAUCCACAGAUCUCAGACAGUAGCUCGAAAAGCAUGUAUUUUGCCUACUCUGUCUAAACAGUGGGCUACAGCAUUAGAAAAAAGAACAACUGAUAGUUAUCUAUUCGGUGAGAAAUUGGUGGAUAAGGUCAAGGAGAUCAAGGCCAUUGGGAAAGUAGCCUUCUUUGCCAAAGAAGAUUUUUGCGCCACCAAAUCCUUUAAACUGGAAGAGCUCGUCGAGCCAGAAGAAGCCGGUGUCUCAGGCGAGCGGAAAAAUCUCAAUACCGAAAAAACCACCGACUUCCAAGUUCCAGUCGAAACAAUCGACAUAUCCCAAGUCGAAUCAAUAUCGACCCCAGAACAAUCGCUCCCAGAACCACUAAUCUCACAGGACAGAGUAAGUAUUUUUGCGGGCCGUUUAAGGUACUUCUUGAAGGCUUGGAAAUCAAUCACUAGUGAUGAAUUUGUCAUCCAAUGUGUAAAAGGGUACAAAAUUCCUUUUAAAUCUAUUCCUGUACAAAAUUGUUUACCACCGACUAGAUUAUGGUCAAAACAAGAAACGAUUAAAAUCCGUGAUUUUGCCAAAGUUGUUGGUUCUAUAGUAGCUUGCUGUCCAGCAGUGGAGUAUAGUCUGCUACACUGCAGGCUUUUUGAGAGAGCUAAGGUUCAAGCCUUGAGUAAGAGUGGCGAAUCGACCUUGAAACAAUACAAUGGUACUUUGAAACUUUGGUGGCAAUGGAAUAAGCAGGUCAAUGAAAAUCCAUAUGUGGGAUCGGUGGAGAAGAUUCUCAAGUUUUUGUCAGAGAGAUUUAGUGAUGGCGUUGGGCAUAGUGCGUUGAACUCUGCUAGAGCUGCGCUA